UGGGCCCCUGUACCGCCUCCUCAUGCUGCUGCCAGGCCCGUAAUCUGCCAUGGGCCCACCGUACCGACUCCUCCAUGCUGCUGCCAGGCCCGUAAUCUGUCAUGGGCCCCUGCACCGCCUCCUCAUGCUGCUGCCAGGUCCAGAGUGUCUCAUGGGUCCCUGUACGGGACCUCCCAUUGCUGCUGUCUCCAUCGCCACACUCUGCCAUGUGCCACUUUCAGGUCUCCUCACACUGCUGGUGGGUUCCAUUUUGUCAUAGGGUGCUGUAUGGCCUCCCAUUUGCUGCUGCCUCCACCGCCACACUGUGGCUCCACACUCUGGGCUUUUGGCCCCGUGACUACGUGCCCAAAUGAGUGAAGUGUGCGGUGAUUCUAAGAUCGACGGCACUCAUCUGCAUGUCAUACUGACUGACAGUAUUAUUUCUCUUCCCCAGCAGACUCCAAGGCAUUUAAAUUAAGGGUACAGUGUCUUGCACUAAUAUAA